UGUUAUUUGACAUAGUUUAGUUUCCUACCUUAUUGCACCACCUUUGUUUCUCCAUUCUUCUAGGCAAUCAUACACACUUUCUUCGUCAGCUUACACAGCAGCCACCACCGGAUAUACUCGCCGGAGUAUACAAUAUCUUCCCGUUGUUCAGGAAAAUUAAGGAACCAUGGGGAUCGUAGAAAAGAUAAAAGAAAUAGAAGCUGAGAUGGCUCGUACACAGAAGAAUAAAGCAACUGAGUUUCAUCUCGGUCAGAUGAAGGCUAGGAUAGCAAAGCUGAGGACGCAACUGCUGGAGCCUAAAGGUGGUUCUGGUGGAGCUGGAGAGGGUUUUGAAGUCACAAAAUAUGGCCAUGGACGUGUUGCACUAAUAGGUUUCCCAAGUGUUGGAAAGUCGACACUACUAACAAUGCUGACGGGAACACAUUCUGAAGCUGCAUCAUAUGAGUUCACUACACUUACUUGCAUCCCUGGUAUUAUACACUACAACGAUACUAAAAUUCAAUUGCUUGAUCUUCCGGGUAUCAUUGAAGGUGCAUCUGAAGGUAAGGGGCGCGGAAGGCAGGUUAUUGCUGUUUCCAAGUCAUCAGAUAUUGUUUUGAUGGUUCUGGAUGCUUCAAAAAGUGAAGGUCAUCGACAAAUUUUAACUAGGGAGCUGGAAGCUGUGGGACUGCGAUUAAAUAAACGACCUCCUCAGAUAUACUUCAAGAAAAAAAAGACGGGGGGGAUAUCUUUCAACAGCACUUUGCAUCUGACACAUAUUAAUGAGAAGCUCUGCUAUCAAAUCCUUCAUGAAUACAAGAUUCACAAUGCUGAGGUUUUAUUUCGUGAAGAUGCUACAGUGGACGAAUUUAUUGAUGUUAUUGAGGGAAAUCGUAAAUACAUGAAGUGUAUAUAUGUCUACAACAAGAUAGAUGUUGUCGGUAUUGAUGAUGUGGACAGAUUAUCCCGACAGCCAAACUCCAUAGUCAUUAGCUGCAACAUGAAGCUGAAUCUGGACAGACUACUUGCAAAAAUGUGGGAAGAAAUGGGUCUUGUCAGAGUUUAUACAAAGCCUCAAGGCCAGCAACCGGAUUUCGCAGAGCCUGUGGUUCUUUCUGCUGAUAGAGGUGGCUGUACUGUAGAAGAUUUCUGUAAUCACAUACAUAGGAGCCUUGUUAAGGAAGUGAAGUAUGUCUUGGUUUGGGGCAUAAGUGCAAGGCACUACCCUCAGCACUGUGGUCUCGGCCAUCUGCUUCAGGAUGAAGACGUUGUUCAGAUUGUCAAGAAAAAGGAUAAGGAAGACGGCGGAGGCAGAGGCCGAUUCAAAUCACAUUCUAAUGCUCCUUCUCGGAUAUCUGACCGAGAGAAAAAGGUUCCACUUAAGACAUAGUUUAAUCAGACGGUGAAGCUUUAAUAUUAUGUAUCUGCUAAUCGUUGAGGCACCAAUUUUUGAUCGUAGAGUAUAUUGCUGGAAAUUAAUGAGAUAUGCUAGUGGUUUCUUCAACUCUAUGGUGUGAAGCACUUGCCAUUAUUAUGUUCUUUUUUUAACCCUCCCUAGGAGCUCCCCCUUUGGCUCCCUUGGUGACUCGAACUCAAACUUUCGGGUAGCAAGUAAGGGGUGCUUAUCAUCCGAGCAACUCCCUCUUAUCACUAUUAUGAUAUCGAUACUUUGCAGUGUAUAAAAGUUAUGGACAUAUUCCUCCCCUCAAAAGGCAUGAUGUGCUG